UCGUGCUGCCUGCCACAUCCGUCAGGCAGAUAUAUGUUGGGGAAAGGAGGAAAACGGAAGUUUGAUGAGCAUGAAGAUGGGCUGGAAGGCAAAGAGGUGUCUCCUGCUGACGGUCCAUCGAAGGUGUCGUACACCUUACAGCGCCAGACUAUCUUCAACAUUUCCGUUAUGAAGCUCUACAACCACCGGCCGUUGACGGAGCCCAGCCUGCAAAAGACAGUUUUGAUCAACAACAUGCUGAGGCGAAUCCAGGAGGAGCUCAAGCAAGAGGGCAGCUUGAGGCCCAUGUUCCUCACCUCUUCACAGCCGACGGAUCCUCUGGGAGACAAUUUCCGAGAGGUCCAGCCCGCCUUUAGUCACCUGGCCUCACUGCCGGUCCAUCCCACCGACUCCGCAAGCACGACGCCGUUGGAGUCUUGCCUCACCCCAGCCUCUCUCCUUGAGGACGACACGUUUUGCACUUCCCAGACUCUCCCCCAAGAUGGUCCUACCAAGCCACCAUCUCCAACAACCCCACCAGUAAAGGACAGUUUCUCCUCAGCCUUGGAUGAAAUCGAGGAGCUCUGUCCAACACCUACCUCCUCUGAGGCAGUAGUAGCUGCAACAGAAGCAGAAACGACGGCGUCGGAUAACUCUAAGGAGAACUCCAGCGAAUCUGCCCUUCAGAAGCCUGAGGGAGUACAGGAGAGCCGAAUAAACGAACCAAGGCUCAUGGAUUCUUUACCGGGCAAUUUUGAGAUCACGACAUCUACAGGUUUCCUUACAGACUUGACCUUGGAUGAUAUUCUCUUUGCUGACAUCGAUACUUCUAUGUAUGAUUUCGAUCCUUGCACGUCCGCUACGGGGGCUGCCUCAAAAAUAUCCCCCGUCUCUGCAGAUGACCUCUUAAAAACUCUAGCACCCUACAGUAGCCAACCAGUAACCCCCAAUCAGCCUUUCAAAAUGGACCUCACAGAACUGGAUCACAUAAUGGAGGUUCUGGUUGGGUCUUGAAAGAUAUACAGCAACUUUUUUUUUAAUGUACCAGUAUAAACACUUGGUAGUAUUUUCUCAACUGGCCCCCUUCCGAGUCUACUCAGAU